AUGAGACGUGAAGACGACGCAGUCUGGGCCGCCGUGACGCCAGGUCGCCGCAACGCCGCCCUGCGCUCCACGGUGUCCGUCAUGAGCCGAUGGAAGAUAGAUGAGGAAAAUGAGGCCAACUUGCUGGCGGUGCUCACAGAAACCCUGGACAGCAUCCCUGUGGAUGAAGACGGCCUGCCUUCCUUCGAGGCCCUGGCAGAUGGGGACGUGACCAAUGCCAGCGACCAGAGCUGCCCCUCCACCCCCGACGGCUCGCCGCGCACCCCCGAACCGGAGGAACCCUCUCUGCUGAAGAAGCUCCUUCUGGCGCCUGCAAACUCGCAGCUCAGCUAUAAUCAAUACACAGGUGGCAAGGCACAAAACCAUGCAGCCGGCAGCAACCACAGGAUCAGACCAACACCUGCUGUUGUCAAGUCGGAGAACCCGUGGAGCAGUAAAUCGAGGGGGGUCUGUCCGCUGCAGAACCGGCCAGUGAGGCGCCCCUGCACUGAGCUUCUCAAGUACCUGACCGCCACCGACGACAUCCUGCUCCAGACCAAAGCCAGCGAAGCCAAGAGCGCCUGGGGGGGCGGGGGCAAGGAGAAGAACGGCCUGGGCGCCUCCUCCUCCUCCUCCUCGCCCUCCGCCUCCUCCACCUCCUCCUUCUCCUCCCUCUCCUCCUCCUCCUCCUCCACGUCCGCCUCCAAGAAGAAGCAGUUGUCUCCUUCGCCGUCGCCGUCGGCGACCCUCCUGUCCCAGCAACAGCAGCAGCAGCAGCAGCCUCCGCCCCAGCGAGGUGAGCGCAGUGCUGCUGGCGGGUGUAGUGUGGCUGGUGUGGGUGCUGGGAAGUGGCGGCGUUGCGUUCACGGGGCUGGCGCCGACGGGCAGCAGUCCCGGGCGGAACACGCUCCCGUACCCCCGGGCCGUAGGAACGCCGGCGGCGGCAGCGUUGGUGGCUGCGCCCAUACCUGCCUUAAACUGGAGCGCAGGCCGUCCAGGGAAGAAGGAAGGCCGCCAGGUCCGCAGCCCACAGCGGACGCUGGCCAGCAGGCCGCCGCUAGGUUCAUUAGGUACAUGCAUUCUUAUUCUCUCCCUCCCAGAGAGGCGGGUCGCACAGGUAGCUGUGGGCAUUGCCGUGAGGCUGGCGCCGCGCCGACAAAGAGCGCACCCCGCUGUGGGAACGCGCCUAGGCACGUCACAGUGACCAUAAAGACAAGAGGGGAGGAGUCAGGGCACCACCCGUUGCUUAGCCAGCUGCUCACCUCCAAGCGGAGGCCCGCCCGCUAUCGGGCCCACCUGCUACCCCCUGCUGGGAGCUCCCAGCCUGGCAGGAGCAGGGAGCCAGGCACGAGGCCCUGCCCCCUAGAGAGGAAGCCCACCCAGGGGUUGGCCUCCGAGCAGCACGGGGAGAAAGAGGAGGAGGAAGAUAGAGGGACUGGUGAUAGCAGCAGCGGAGGACAGGCCGUGGCACCUGAUCUGGGGCCCCUGUUGGAUGAGAGCCUGGAGUUAGGUAGCUGGGUCAGCGAGCUAGAGCACACCUUGGGGCUAGAUCUAGAUCUGGGGCUGGGGCUGGGGUGGCCAGAAGAAGGCUUGGUGGGGCAGGCUGGCGGGGAGGAUGUUUGUGAUGUCGGUGUCACCGGCAGCCCCACGGCACUGUCACAGGGUCCGCCAAGCCCGCUGUUCCCAGAUUGUUUAAUUGCAGAGGCCAGUCCCUCCGUCACACACAGACAGGCUUUCUGCAGACACCCCGAUGACCAGGGCCAGGCGCUGUUAGCCAAACCAACCACCUUGCCACUUCCUUUGACCCCAGAGUCUCCAAAUGACCACAAGGGAUCACCGUUUGAGAACAAAACCAUUGAACGCACAUUGAGUGUGGAGAUCUCUGGAACCCCAGGUCUGACACCACCUACCACGCCCCCCCACAAAGCCAGUCAAGAGAUCCCUUUCAAAGCAUCGCUCAAAACCAAGUUGUCUUCAUGCUCCUCGUCCGUCCUGGCGUUCAAGAGGGCCAGGCUGAGUGAGACAGACCCCUUCUGCCCCCCGGCCCCGGGCGGGGUCCCCGUCUCCAGGAAGGGCCCUGAGCAGACUGAGCUGUACGCCCAGCUGAGCAAAGCCUGGGCCGCCCCCCUCCCCGCCACGCCCGCCCCGCCGGGGGCCCCCGAGUUCCACCGCGACCACAAGCGCGCCCCAGGCCGCGGCUACGGAGACCACGACUAUUGCCAGGCGUCAGCGGGCGGCAAGCGGGACGGCGCUGCCAAAGAUGCCCCCGCCUCCGUCGCCACGACGGCAGCCGCGGCCAGCCGGACGACGACGUCCGCCUCCGCGGGCCCCGCCCCCGCCGUCGGGGCGGCGGAGGGCAGGCGUGUGGAAUGUAAGGACUCAGCCAUGCCGCCCUCUUCCUCUUCACCUCCUUCUUCCUCAUCGCCAUCACCAUCGUCAUCCUCGUCUUUGGCCAAGCAGCUGCAGAAGAGCCCCGUCUCUGCUCAGGGGCGGGGGCAGGAGCAGACCCCCGCCCAGGCCCCCACCCCGGCCCCCCAGGGGGACCCUCACCCGCCCGGCAGCGUCAGGAAGCCCCUGCGCGACCAGGAGAUCCGGGCGGAACUCAACAAGCACUUUGGCCACCCCCAGAAGGCCAUCCUUAGCCAGGGUGGGGAGGGGGCGGAGGCGGGGGCACCGGGGUGCGAGGCGGGGGCACCGCCGCCCCCCCAGGAGAGUCCGGCUGGGGAGGAGGACCCCCCUAAGCUGGGCCUCUCAGGGGAACUCCACCCGGGCUUCCCGGCCUUCCAGGACGAGCUGGAUCUGGGGGGGCGCGAGGGGCGCCUCCUGUACCCCUGGGAGGGCACCCCUCUGGACCUGCUCCUCCACGACUCUCCGUCCUGCUCCCCCUACAGCUGCUCGCCCUCCGUCUCCCCACCCUCCUCCCUGCUCCUCUCCCCCGGCCGGACCUCGUCCCGCUGGCCCCGGGCCCCCGAGGACUCCCGCUCCAGGUCCCGCUCGCACGGUUCCUCCUCCCGCCACCGGCGGCGCUCUCUCUCCAGCUCGCCCGAUGGACGCCCCUCUUCCUGGUCAAGCUACAGCACAGACUCCAGCACUUACCGCUCCAGGAACCACAGAAGCCCCCUUUCUGGCUCCCGCUCCAGGUCUCCUCUGGGACGCAGACCCAGGUACGACAGCUACGAGGACUACCAGCACGAGCGCCUGCAGAGGGAAGAACACCGGCGCGCCUACGAGAAGCGGGAGUUCGAGAGGGCGGAGCAGAGGGAGAGGCAGCGGCAGAAAGCUAUAGAGGAGAGGAGGGUGGUGUACGUGGGCAGGCUCCGGGCCGACAGCACCCGGGCAGAACUGAAGCGGCGCUUUGAAGUCUUCGGAGAGAUCGAGGAGUGCACCGUCAACCUGAGAGAUGACGGGGACAAUUUUGGCUUCAUCACCUACCGCUACACCUGUGACGCCUUCGCCGCCCUUGAGAACGGACACACCCUGCGCAGGGCCAACGAACCGCAGUUCGAGCUGUGCUUCGGCGGACAAAAGCAGUUCUGCAAAUCAAAUUACACAGACUUGGACUCCCAUUCUGAUGACUUUGAUCCAGCCUCCACUAAAAGCAAGUAUGACUCCAUGGAUUUUGACAGCUUGCUGAGGGAGGCCCAGCACAGCCUGAGAAGGUAACGGUUGCCGUGGCACCUGCAGCCAACCGAGAGGGAAGGCUGAUACCUCACUGAUGUUUCUGUCCUUUAACUAGGAGACUACCACAAGUUUUACACUCAAUAUAAGAGAGUAUUUAAAGAUGAAUAUAUAUAGACUCCAAAUAUAUAUAUAUAUAUAUAUGAAUAUAUAUAUAAAAGAAUAUAUUAAAACAAAGUUUACAUGAACAUAGCUGCUGAAGAGCUGGGAAAAAGACAUUAAGAGAGCCAGUGAUCCCUCAGAGCUCUGCACAGAUGUGUGUGCUGUGCUGCUGUACAACUGUCAGUCAAAGAUAUAAACAUUCGUGAGAAAUUUCAAGCACUACAACACCCACAAUGCUUUGAGUGGUGACAACGUGCAGCUUGUUCAGUCUGUUUCCUUUUCUUUGUUGUUGACUUUUUUUUUUGCUUUUAGUCUGGUGUUUGGAUGUGGUGUUACAUUUUCAACAGGAGUUUAACGAAAGGUACAUUAGAGGCUUGAGGUAACAUUACUGUCUACAUUUUGCGAGAAAAAUGUAACCCUGUAUUUACAGAUACUAUUGAAAGGAAUAUGUUUAUUUUGUGUACAUAUCAAACAAAGUUCUUUAUUUGUUACAGCUAUGCACUGUAAAACGCAGCCUUUUUUAAAUGAUGACGAUUUUUUCUUAAUUCAGAAUGUGGAUCUGUAGGCAUUACAAUGAUGUUAACAUAUUGGAUACCUACAUGACGUUUAGACGAGAUGACAUGAUUGUAAAAAUGUGUCGAUGAAGGACUGCUCAUUUUGAGGGAGCAUGUGAACGAAUUUCCUUUUUUAAGAGUUACUUUGUUGCGGGGGAAAAUUUUACCAUGUAUAGUUUUAUCUGUUUAUAAAGUUUCUCAAUCAGUGUUUUCCCUACACAACCAGUGUAAAAUGCAUUUUUACCGUGUUUUUUCAUGAUUUUAAAAACAAACCCAUUUUUUUAUUCAUUAUUUCUGAAAACAAUCAAUAUUUAUCCAGUCAUUUUGAUUUCAAUGCUUUUAUGGUUCUUGUUUUGAUCAUUUCAGCUUCAGCGAAGACACGACUACUAUGUUUAAUCUGUUCAAUCAGGAUAAACAAUAUACAUAUUUAUCUAUUUAUUUUAAUAUUUGAAUCAAAAUAUUUAUGGUCUCCAUCUCACAUGGCGUACCUCAACAAAUCCUUUCUAUUUAUAUAGUUUUUUUGAUUUUGUUAUUUAACUUACAAUCAGUGGGUACGGUGUACAAUAUUACAGGUUGUGUGGGGAUAUUACUUUCUAUGCCUUUCAAAAACAAUCACUAAAUUCAACUAAUCACUCAGACUCAGUUGAGAGAUGCUGUUCACUGUUCAAGUGGUUUCUUUGCAGUGGUUUGCAACUAUGGAAACAAAAUGUCUACCACAUGCUUUUUCUUUACACAGUAGGACAUGAAGCAAUAAACUGAUUUUGUAGGUAUUUUGUUGUACCACUGUAAAAACACCUGUGUCGUAGCUCCACACACGCUUAAUUAUGUGAAUGCCAAACAAAGUUUACAAUUUCCUUUCUAAUUUUUUAAAUCUUGUAUUUGAUGUACAAAAUAUAUAAACAUGAUAAUAAUAUUGAAAUUAUUCACAAUAAUUACAAAAAGGAUUAAUAAUAAUACAAAUGAAAGAAAAAAGUAUAUAAAAAAGCAAUAAAUUAUUUUUCAGAGUUGUAUUUGAGCUCUUAUUGUUGUGUGGUUUAGGACCUAGCUGUUACCCAGUGGCUGGCCAGACAUACAUGGCUCAUUCCAAAACAAACCCACCCCCUCAGAGCCCACACGGACAUGGUUUACCUUCCAUAUUUGAAUCUGGUGUGUUUGUUUCACCUUGAGACAUCUUUGCAAUUGUAACUACUCGGCUACUCAAUGUGAACAUUUUCACCUAGACAAGCAUCCAAAGCACUAAACCCUUGUUGCGCAGUGGACGCAUGGCUCUUAAAAGUAGGAGCGUCUAUGCAGUGCACUCCUGGGUUAUCUGGCAGGACUUGAAUGACAUCCUAUAAGCCUAGAGGAACCACUCAAUAUCGCAUGCUGCACCACUUUCCAUUAGCUCCUGCCUCGCAGUCCAGAUAUCACAGCACCUUCAACGUGACAUUAAAGGUAACCUUGUGGUUUCUGGUUCAAUUAAUAUCCCGUUUAUAGCGGGAGCCAAGUAAUAAGAGAACCAGCCGCCAUCAGAGGUGGUAGAAACCUUUUGUAUUGAAGCUUUGUUGAUCACAGGAUACCUUUUAUGGAGUGUGACUGUGGAGAUGAAACUGCUCAUUUCUGUGAUUCAGAGAGGCAGGAGUCGGUGGGGGGAAAUGGCUCUACCUGUACCUCUCCAUCUUUACACUUCUCUCUGGCUCUUCAGCUCCUGGGUAACGGUGUUGUGUCCCAUUUGAUAGAUGUGGCUUUAAUCAUUGUGAUAAAUAUUUAAAAGAAUUCUGCUUUGUAAAUUGCCUAGAUUAGCAAUAUAUUAUAACACCUUGAAAUUUCAAAUGUGGCAAAACUUUUUAAUAAUGUGAACUACGGAGGGAUUUGCCACUGCUUAAACGUUUGUUGGGUGAUCAUGUUUCUUUUGGAAGGACAAUGUGUGUGUGAAAGUGUGUGUGUGUGUUUGUCAGUGUGUGUGGGGGUUUUUAGGCAGGUGUGUGUGUGCGUGUGAGAGUGUGUGUGUUGGGGGGGGGGGGUUGCUUUGGGUUGUUACCUGUUUGUGUCCUAUCCACGUUGCCUUCUGCCAAGUCCUUACCAAUGCCUUUGUGGUUUUACCUAUUGUAUGACUUUCUUGUGGAUUUUAUUUUUUAUGUGCAAUUCUCAUCAGCCUCACCAUGCCAAUAAAGGGAAAUGUGUUUGAAAGAAA